GAAAUGUUGUAGGCUAACCAGGGGUUGUCAUGUAUGCCAAUCUAUUUUAUGAAGAGAUAAGGAAGUGACUUUUAGGCUUUUCAUAAUAGAAUGUCCUUGGCGCAGUCAUGGAGUAAACGUGAGAAGAACCUGAGUGGACUAUCACCUGUGGAUUCAUUUGAACGGCAGCACUGUUUUCAGCAUAAACCGAAGUCAGACGGAAGUUUUCUAUUGACAGUUUGAGAGAUGAGAUGAGGCUCACCCAUAUAAAACUUGGAUGUAUUCUGGCUUGUGCUUUUCUCUCUCUAACCUGGUUUACCGCUCAUAAUGGAAAUGAUGGGGAUGAAUCCCCCAACCACCCAGUUAUGAUCCAGCUGUAUGAACGUCUGCUGGCUGCAGAGUUCAAGGGGGAGCUGCUGUCCAGGGAGCUCAGCAGUGUUCUGACCAGCCUGAGGAACCUCACCAUACCUAACAACAGCUCCUCCACUAAUAUCCCAGAAGGACCGAUAAAGAGAAAUCUCAGCCUGAUGUCCUCCAGACUGCCCAACGCCUACCUCUACCUGCCCCACUUACGGGAUCACCCAGACAGCCUGAUUCCUAACGUGGUCCUGGGACAAGGCCGAACUGGAGUGUCCCUGGUAUUGGGGAUCCCUACAGUGAAGCGUCAGAAGCAGAGCUACCUGGUUAGCACCCUGAACUCCCUCCUCUACGACCUUUCACCUUCUGAACGGAAGGACAUCGUCAUCAUCAUCUUUGUUGCCGAGGUAACCUGCUCAGAUACCCUGAUAGGGGCGUAUAGAAACACAUGGGAUGGUCUUAAAGUGUCUUUUUUAGAUGGUAAUCAUAAAAAUAAUUUACUUUUUAGAUGGGGUAAUGCAGCUUGAGGUGGGAAGA